AUGGCCCACAUCUUCGCUAUCGCACCCACCGUCAAGGGUUAUGCCGACGGCCGUUUGGCAAGACCCGGGGAGGCAACCACCUUUCCAGAGACCGGAACCUUCAGUGGCAUAAACAAGCCAUCUCGCUUUGAAGGCGACGUCUUUGACCUCGAAGUCACGGGGAGCAUCCCCAAAGAGAUUAAUGCGACAUUCUACCGCAUCCAGCCGGACCAGCGGUUCCCACCACUGUUUGAGGACGAUGUCCACUUCAACGGCGACGGCGCAGUGACAGCCAUCCGCAUUGCGAACGGCCACGCGGAUUUCAAGCAGCGGUAUGUGCAGACAGACCGGUACAAGGCUGAGACCGCAGCGCGGCGGAGCCUGUUCGGCAGGUACCGGAAUCCGUUCACAGACAAUGAGAGUGUCAAGGGCGUCAUCCGCACGGCGAGCAAUACGAACAUCACCUUCUGGCGAGGGAUGCUUCUUGCCACCAAGGAGGAUGGCCCGCCGUUCGCGAUGGACCCUGUGACGCUCGAGACGCUGGGGAGGUACGACUUUGAGGGCCAGAUCAAGUCGCCAACGUUCACUGCGCAUCCCAAAUUCGACCCUGAGACGGGCGAGAUGUUGUGCUUUGCCUAUGAGGCUGGUGGGAAUGGUAACGACGGCAGUCUUGAUAUCAUUAUGUGGACGAUAGAUGCCGAUGGAAAAAAGACUGAAGAAGCAUUUUACAAGGCGCCGUUUGCCGGCAUGAUUCAUGACAUCGGAGUGAGCAAGAAUUAUGUUGUCAUGCCGUUGACGCCUCUAAAGGUCAACCUCGACAGGAUGAAGAGGGGUGGUGAGAAAUUUGCAUGGGAUCCGAAUGAAGACCAGUGGUACGGUCUCGUGCCUAGGAGAAACGGCAAAAGUGAGGAUAUCAUCUGGUUUAGAGCCGACAACGCUUUCCAGGGCCACAUUGCAGGCUGCUACGAAAACGAGGACGGCCACGUCGUAGUGGAUUUGACAGUUGCGGACGGAAAUGUCUUCUUCUGGUGGCCACCAGAUGAGGAGCUCACUCCGUCACAGCCAGCCAAGGUAUCCAAGCGAGACCAGCUCAACAGCCAAACCACGCGCUGGAUCCUCGAUCCUAAGGCCAAGACCAAGACACGCAUCACACCGGCCUUCGUGUGGAACAUCAACGGGGAGUUCAGCCGCAUUGAUGACCGCUGGGUUACAAAGAAAUACACUCACUUUUGGCAAGCAAAAGUCGACCCGACGAAGCCCUACGACUUCGCCAAAUGCGGGCCGCCGGCAGGCGGGCUGUUCAACUCCCUCGGCCACUACACCUGGGACCCUGACAACGCGCUUGCCAAGGGAAAGGAGGACGUCUACUUCUUCGGCCCGACGUCAACAGUCCAGGAGCCGAGUUUCAUCCCCAAGGAAAAUGGAGCGGAAGGCGAAGGGUACUUGAUCGCGCUCGUGAACCGGCUCGAUGAGCUGAGGAACGACGUAGCCAUCUUUGACGCGCAGAAUCUGGCCCAGGGUCCUCUAGCUGUGCUGCACCUGCCAUUGAAAUUGAAGCUCGGUCUACAUGGCAACUUUGUCGAUCACAGAGACAUUGAUGCGUGGCAGAAGAGGCGCGCCCAAGGUGGGGACAUUGGUCCGAUCAAGAUCGCUGUCGAGCCGCUGCCGUGGCAGAAGGAGUUCUCGAAUGGUGCAACGAACGGGCAGAAUGGUGCCAAUGGUUCACAUUAA